AUGCCAUUCCCUUUUCCAUCCCACCACCCACGCCCCCCCUUUUCCCUCCCCUUCUCGAACCCUUCCUCCCCACUUUCCCCCAUUUCCCUCCCCUUAUCCCUCCCGUCUCAUUUCCCCCCCUCCUCCUUCCCUCCCCUCCUCCUCCCAUCCCCCCUCUCUACCUACCUUCCUCCUCUCUCUAGCGUGCUUCGCUCUCCACUUCUCCAUCGCCACUCUCACCAAGGUUUCUGCUUUCCAGCAGCGUGCAGUUCGCAUGUUGUUCAUUGUGGUCAUUCUCCUUCCAUGCACAACCCUCGUGCCAACACUGGGCAGGAGGAAGCGGCGGCCGGCCUUCUUGUAGCUGUUCAUGCGCAAGCCGCAGAGCCACCCGCCCAUGAGGGGGCUGAGGAAGCGGCGGCCGGCCUUCUGGUCGCUGUUCAUGCGGAAACCACAGAGCCACCCGCCCAUGAGGGGGCUGUACCUGUGGGGCGGCGUGGGCACGGGCAAGACCAUGAUGAUGGACCUCUUCUUCCACGAGCUUCCGCAGCCCAGCCCCUUUCAUGUGCCCCAUCCUCCCUCCGUCCUCCCUCCGUCCUCCCUCCGUCCUCCCUCCGUCCUCCCUCCGUCCUCCCUCCGUCCUCCCUCCAUCCUCCCUCCGUCCUUCCCUUCCGUCCUCCCUCCGUCCUCCCUCCGUCCUCCCCUCCGUCCUCCCUACGUCCUCCCUCCGUCCUCCCUCCGUCCCUCCCUCCGUCCUCCCUCCGUCCCUCCCUCCUUCUCCUCCGUCCUCCCUCCGUCCUCUCCUCCGUCCCUCCCUCCGUCCUCCCUCCGUCCUCCCUCCGUCCUCCCUCCGUCCGCGCCCUCCGUCCUCCCUCCGUCCUCCUCCGUCUCCUCCGUCUCCCUCCGUCCUCCCUCCGUCCUCCCCCGUCCUCCCUCCGUCCUCCCUCCGUCCUCCCUCCGUCCUCCCUCCGUCCUCCCUCCGUCCUCCCUCCGUCCUCCCUCCGUCCUCCCUCCGUCCUCCCUCCGUCCUCCCUCCGUCCUCCCUCCGUCCUCCCUCCGUCCUCCCUCCGUCCUCCCUCCGUCCUCCCUCCGUCCUCCCUCCGUCCUCCCUCCGUCCUCCCUCCGUCCUCCCUCCGUCCUCCCUCCGUCCUCCCUCCGUCCUCCCUCCGUCCUCCCUCCGUCCUCCCUCCGUCCUCCCUCCGUCCUCCCUCCGUCCUCCCUCCUCCUCCCUCCCUCCUCCUCCCUCCUCCCUCCCUCCUCCCUCCCUCCCUCCCUCCGUCCUCCCUCCGUCCUCCCUCCGUCCUCCCUCCGUCCUCCCUCCGUCCUCCCUCCGUCCUCCCUCCGUCCUCCCUCCGUCCUCCCUCCGUCCUCCCUCCGUCCUCCCUCCGUCCUCCCUCCUCCUCCGUCCUCCCUCCGUCCUCCCUCCGUCCUCCCUCCGUCCUCCCUCCGUCCUCCCUCCGUCCUCCCUCCGUCCUCCCUCCGUCCUCCCUCCGUCCUCCCUCCGUCCUCCCUCCGUCCUCCCUCCGUCCUCCCUCCCGUCCUCCCUCCGUCCUCCCUCCGUCCUCCUCCCUCCGUCCUCCCUCCGUCCUCCCUCCGUCCUCCCUCCGUCCUCCCUCCGUCCUCCCUCCUCCUCCCUCCCUCCUCCCUCCCUCCUCCCUCCGUCCUCCCUCCGUCCUCCCUCCGUCCUCCCUCCGUCCUCCCUCCGUCCUCCUCCGUCCUCCCUCCGUCCUCCCUCCGUCCUCCUCCCUCCGUCCUCCCUCCGUCCUCCUCCGUCCUCCUCCGUCCUCCCUCCGUCCUCCCUCCGUCCUCCCUCCGUCCUCCCUCCGUCCUCCCUCCGUCCUCCCUCCGUCCUCCCUCCGUCCUCCCUCCGUCCUCCCUCCGUCCUCCCUCCGUCCUCCCUCCGUCCUCCCUCCGUCCUCCCUCCGUCCUCCCUCCGUCCCUCCCUCCGUCCUCCCUCCGUCCUCCGUCCUCCCUCCGUCCUCCCUCCGUCCUCCCUCCGUCCUCCGUCCUCAGUCCUCCUCCGUCCUCCCUCCGUCCUCCUCCGUCCUCCCUCCGUCCUCCCUCCGUCCGUCCCUCCGUCCUCACCUCCGUCUCCCCCCGUCUCCCUCCGUCCUCCCUCCGUCCUCCCUAGCCGUCCUCCCUCCGUCCUCCUCCGUCCUCCCUCCGUCCUCCCUCCGUCCUCCCUCCGUCCUCCCUCCGUCCUCCCUCCGUCCUCCCUCCGUCCUCCCUCCGUCCUCCCUCCGUCCUCCCUCCGUCCUCCUCCGUCCUCCUCCGUCCUCCCCUCCGUCCUCCCUCCGUCCUCCCCGUCCGUCCUCCCUCCGUCCUCCCUCCGUCCUCCCUCCGUCCUCCCUCCGUCCUCCCUCCGUCCUCCCUCCGUCCUCCCUCCGUCCCUCCCUCCCUCCGUCCUCCCUCCGUCCUCCCUCCGUCCUCCCUCCGUCCUCCCUCCGUCCUCCCUCCGUCCUCCCUCCGUCCUCCCUCCGUCCUCCCUCCGUCCUCACCUCCGUCCUCCCUCCGUCCUCCCCUCCGUCCUCCCUCCGUCCUCCUCCGUCCUCCCUCCGUCCUCCCUCCGUCCUCCCUCCGUCCUCCCUCCGUCCUCCUCCGUCCUCCCUCCGUCCUCCCUCCGUCCUCCCUCCGUCCUCCCUCCGUCCUCCCUCCGUCCUCCCUCCGUCCUCCCUCCGUCCUCCCUCCGUCCUCCCUCCGUCCUCCCUCCGUCCUCCCUCCGUCCUCCCUCCGUCCUCCCUCCGUCCUCCCUCCGUCCUCCCUCCGUCCUCCCUCCGUCCUCCCUCCGUCCUCCCUCCGUCCUCCCUCCGUCCUCCCUCCGUCCUCCCUCCGUCCUCCCUCCGUCCUCCCUCCGUCCUCCCUCCGUCCUCCCUCCGUCCUCCCUCCAUCCUCCCUCCCUCCAUCAAGACACGUAAGCAGAAGUUCAAGGUGCAGGAGAUGCAGGGGAGCAUGAAGCCAAUUUAG